ACCAAUGUUUUUUACUUGCUUUAGUGGCUGCGGCUCACUAAUUAAUUGCAGCUAUCUGUCUCCUAUCGAUGUGUGUGUACAUGUGUGUUGUGUGUGUGUGUUUCCUUUUUUCUCCCCAAACCGAACAUGAAAUAGUUUGUUGGGCUAUACUUUCCUUCUUCCUAUCUGUCCCCCCUUCCUUCCUUCCCGUCCUGGUUCGCAGGCAGAGAGCGGACAGAUUGAAACCCAGCUGUGUGCGUCGCUUCUGCUCGGUGCCGCUUCCCCCCUCAGAGCCCGGUGAUGUUGGAUAUGGGAGAGCGCAAAGAGGUGAAAAUGAUUCCCAAAUCGUCGUUCAGUAUAAACAGUUUGGUGCCCGAGGCCGUGCAAAGCGACAACAACAACAACAACAGCAACAGCAGCAGCCACCACCAGACCCCGCAGCAGAUCCACCACCAGAACCACCACCAGCACCACCUCCUCCACCAGAACCACCAGAACCACCGGCCCGGCGGCGCCGACGACGCCGAGCAGAAGGCGCCGCUGCCGGGCGCGCAGCAGGACGGGAAAGCGGAGCCGAAGAGGGACUCGUCGAGCCCGGAGAGCAGCCCGGAGGAGAAGGAGAAGCAGCAGCAGCAGGAGGAGAAGAAGGACGGGAAGGACGCGGACGGAGGCUCCGCGGGGAAGGACGGCGAGAAGAAGAGCGGCAAGUACGAAAAGCCUCCCUUCAGCUACAACGCGCUGAUCAUGAUGGCCAUCCGGCAGAGCCCCGAGAAGCGGCUGACGCUCAACGGCAUCUACGAGUUCAUCAUGAAGAACUUCCCCUACUACCGGGAGAACAAGCAGGGCUGGCAGAACUCCAUCCGACACAACCUCAGCCUCAAUAAGUGCUUCGUCAAGGUGCCGCGGCACUACGACGACCCGGGGAAGGGCAACUACUGGAUGCUGGACCCGAGCAGCGACGACGUCUUCAUCGGCGGGACCACCGGGAAGCUGCGGCGGCGCUCCACCACCUCCCGGGCCAAGCUGGCCUUCAAGCGCGGCGCGCGGCUGACCUCCGGCCUGACCUUCAUGGACCGGGCCGGGUCCCUGUACUGGCCCAUGUCCCCCUUCCUGUCGCUGCACCACCCGCGUGCCGGCGGCGCGCUGGGCUACAACGGCGCCUCGUCCGGUUACCCGGCGCACCCGAUGUCCUACAGCACCAUGCUGACGCAGAACAUGAGCAACAACCACUCGUCGUUCCCGUCGUCCAACGGGCUGAGCAUGGACCGGCUGGUCGGCGGGGACCUCCCGUACGCCACGCACCACCUGACGGCGGCGGCCCUGGCGGCCUCGGCGGUGCCCUGCGGCCUCUCCGUGCCUUGCUCCGGGGCCACGUACUCCCUCAACCCGUGCUCGGUCAACCUGCUGGCCGGACAGACCAGCUACUUUUUCCCGCACGUGCCGCACCCGUCCAUGAGCGCGCAGAGCGGCGGCGGGGCCGGCGGCGGCGGCGGCGCGCUGCAGGCCGCCCGCGCGUCGGCCUCCAACUCCCCGCAGGCUCCGUCCUCCUCCGCGCUGCCCUGUGACUCUCUGCGGCCGGCGCUGUCCGGCUCGCUGCCGGCCUUCUCCUCGGGACUUUCCGGGGGUUUAUCUGACUAUUUUACGCACCAGAACCAGGGGUCGACCUCCAACCCGCUUAUACACUAACACCCCCCCCCAACCUGCCCCCCCUCAGCCUCACCCCGUCCUCCAUCCGUCCAUCCUGUCAUUUGCACCCUGAAAGGAGUGAAAACUCAGAGACUGAACUGUAAGUUGAACAUUUUACACUGAACAUUAACACUGUAAAAAAAAAAAAGAAAAGGAAAAAACGACAGAAUGAUUAUAAACUAUAGAGAGAGGAGAGAGAAACGAGCAGCACAAACACAGAAAGCAGCCCUGACGUUUCCAGGUAUUUUUUAUUAUUAUUCUCAUUAAUUCUUCUUCUUCUCUGCUCCUGCUCCUGCAGUUUGACUCUGUGUGUACAUAACGUCUGUUCCUAUCAGUGUCCGCGGUCCGUCUCUGUAUAUUCCUCUGUCAGUCAGCGCUGUGCGAAGCAGAGGGAAUGAUGGGAGCUGGAGGCUGAUCGCGAGGAGGAUGAGGAUUUUCUGUUUGUUGUUCUUGUUGUUGUUGUCGGAGGAGGAGGCGUUACUUUUUAUAGAAUGUGUAUUUAAAAUAGUUUGGUCUAAUUUUGAGAUUUAAAAAAAAAGGUAAAAAUACUAAGAAUAAUAUCUCUAAUAGCCGGAUUUUCCGCCCGCAUGUUUUUGCAGUAUUAUCAGGUAUCAAGAGGAAGAAGCGGCGGGAAGUCAGUUUUUUUUUUCUUUUCACAAAAUGUUUUAUUUGAACAUUUUUUUCCUACGCAGUGAAAAAAAAAAACGGCGUGUUUGUUCCUGAAGCAGAAAGUGAAGCGACUCUGGCUCCCGAGGCUGUUUUUAACUUUAUUUUUUUUUCUCCUCAUCGUUACAUUUCAAACUGUUCCUGUAACUUUUUAUAGACCAAAGAAUCGGUUCGUAGGAGAUUUCAGAGGCCUGGUGCGCGUGACGGAGUGAGAGCGUGAGAGCGUGAGGGAGUGAAUGUCGCCUCCUUCGCUGCAGAAAAUGUCCAUUUAAACGAGAUUUUUUUUGUUUCCAUUUGUUUCCCCUUAAAUCAGAGGGAACCUGAAUGCAGUUCGGCGGCGCCGCUUUUUGGAAUGAAAAAGUGGACGUUUAGUUGGUGCAGGUGCGGGAAAGUUUUGCCUUAAAUUGUUUGAUUUAUUUAAAUUAACGCGCAGUUUUGUGAAAACGUCUCGUUUGGUGGAGAUUUUCCGCAGUGGCCGCCUGUCAUUGUCUUUUUAUUAUUUCUUUGUGAAAUGUGACCGCCGGGAAACAAACGGACGCUCACGUCUCUUCUUCAGUCACUUUUUGUAUAAUUAGGAAAAAAAAACAAAAAGCUCAAAUUUAUCUCCCUGUAAUUUCAAUUGGGUUCUUUUUGCUUUUGGUUAUUUUUCUAAGAAAAAGGAGGAACGAUGUAAAAACCCGUUUGUUUGCCAGAAGAAAAAAAAAGCCUCAUUAUCUAAAUACUACUUGGAAUGAUUGUCCUUUAAUUGUCGUCUCUAAAAUAAUUUUUCAUGGUUGUGAUACUAUUGUGGUCUUCUUCUUAUUCCCGUGUUUGUCGCUUACAAAAGCUAAAAAAAGAGAAAAAAAUGUUUUAAUCC